AUGAAUCAGCCACUUUAUGUCAAAGAAAAGGUUAGGCAUUUGGGAGAGCAGCGGGGCCCAGAGCAAGACUCGCCCAAUCGGGGCUGCCUCUUCUGCCUCCGCAUCUCGCUAUCUCAGAGUCUCUGCGCAGCCACGUCCGAGGAGAAGCCCAAUGGGGGUGUGGAGAAUGACCACAUUAACCUGAAGGUGGUGGGGCAGGAUGGCUCAGUGGUGCAAUUCAAGAUCAAGAGGCACACCCCACUGAGCAAGCUGAUGAAGGCCUUCUGCGAGAGGCAGAGCUUGUCAAUGAGACAGCUUAGAUUCAGGUUUGAUGGGCAACCAAUUAAUGAAACAGACACUCCAGCCCAGCUGGAGAUGGAGGAUGAGGACACCAUCCAUGGGUUCCAACAGCAGACGGGAGGCAUGGCCUCCAGAGGGACCACCCCACACCCUGCCAUCGUCCUUGCAUUUGUUAUUGAAUGGUGAGCGACCACGCUGAUCACAGAGGAGUCUGAGAAAGACAAGGACAGUCACCAAAA